GAAUAUUUGAAUGACAGAGCCACAGGAUGGGGCACUGGGUGCUUGGUUUGUGGAUAGCCUCCAAGUUUGCAACUGCCUGCCUCUCAAAGCUUGAAGGAUAGCUUCUUUUUAUCUGAAUAGAAGGCCGACCCACUGCAUAGUUCUCACAAUCCUACUUGGGCGGAUACCUCUCCAAAAUUUUGAACACACACACACACAUAGAUGGAACUACGAGAUAUGCAGCGCCCCACCAUUGCCACUAGAGAUCCUUGGGACAAACCCGUUAGCAUACCAGAUCCUCACGUUGCGGUAUCUCGUAUGAGUGAUACGUCUCGCAGGGGAAGAGAUAUAGAUGCCAUGGGGUACAGCAGUCGAUCCAAUGAUGGCGGCGGCAACAAGGGUGUGCCGCCAUCUGGCUGUGAUUCUUCCGCCUGCACGGAUACCAGUCGCAAUCUCUUUCGUAACUUUCAUCGGAGUGAAGAGGCUUUCUACAGCAAUGUCAGAGCCGCCACUGUGAGCCCCGGCUCCACACCCACACAAACGGCUGUCCGUCGUCGCUCCUACAGAGGGACCACCGUCCCACGCCUUCCUCCUCGUGUCACCAGUCUGGAUAGUGCCAUCACAGAAGACAGUUUUGACGAAAACGUUAGAUUCGACAAGAGCAUGACUGGGAGCAGCCGAAAUAUUAGUAGUAGUUUUGGCAAUGAUAGCAGCAUGGACUACAGCCGCAACGUGCAACCAACCACCCGAAUAACACCCACACAGACAGCCAUGCGCCGUCGCUCCUACAGCCGGCCCAUGGCUCCUCGCCUUCCACCUCGUGUUACCAGUCUCGACAGUGCCAAGAGUGAUGGCAGCAACGAUAGCGGCAACAAACAUCAACAACAACAACUAGACAGAAGCAUGGCGGGUAGCAGCCGAAAUAUUUGGGGCAAUGACAUGAGCAUGGAGGGCAGUAGUGGUCUAAUGGUGAUGGAUCAGAGCAGCAACCGAAACAUUUCCGCCAAGGCAUUCAGUACGGCCAGACGCAUGGCAGAAGCACACCGGCGGCAGCGCAACAAACGAUGGGAGCGAAAGCUCUGUGACGCAUCCGAGCGGUCCGUGGGACCGGAAGUGACAUCUCCUCACACAUCGAAACGAAAUUUAAUGGCAGAUGAGUCUAUCGAGAAACAUCUACAGGAUCAACAACGUCGCAGCGAUGAUUCCAUCCCCCCUCAUGUGGAUGUCAUGGGAUGCAGUAGCAGCAACAACAACAAUCACAAUUCCAUGUCCACGUUUGGAGGAUUGACUUGUGCGGAUUUGGAUGAUGACGAAAUCACCUUCUACAGUCGAUCCCCAGGAAGCCUGCCAGCACGCAACAACACGUGGGCGCACGAAAAGUCAGAAGAAGAAAUGCCAAGGUUGCAACCCAUGUCGGAGGCAGAGCAACGAGCUUCGAGAAUGCGAAGGUCUUCCUUCACAUCCAACAGAGACGGCCAGGUACUAAUGCCACCCCAAGAGCCGGAGCAACAAGCCUCCAGAAGGCGCUCCUCCACCAGUCUCUCUGCAGGUAGCAAGGAGGGCCCGGUGCCUACGUUUCUGGACAAGAGCUAUCUCAGGAACCUUGCUGCCAGGCAUCGAAACAGCAUGUAUUCCAGGAGUGCCAGUGGUGUCGGCAGUGAAGGAGGAGGAGAUCGCUAUGGCGGCUCUCGAUCCAGUACACCUGGCGCUGUCUCUCCUCCUGAGAGCCCACCGCAGCCACACCACCUGCGUCCUCGUCGACCAUCCACGUCGUUCCGGAGUCAACCGCGCCCAACCCAAACACGACGUCCCAGUCUACCCAUGCAGCAGCAGCAUUCGCCGCCGCCCCGAGACUACCACCACAACGACGGAUACCCAGCUCAACAUCAACAGCGACAGCCAGAGCAACCACAGCCUGGUAUGAUCGAGAUCUGCCCUGGAUUGAGUGUUCCACUCCGGGGAUCCGACGAAACACGCAACGCUGUAGCCAACAAGUUUUAUGCCACCAACAUUUUGUGCUUUGGAUGUGCCACGGAAAUCUGCACCAUUGCGGAUGUCCAGUACACGAUCUGCCCUCACUGUAAGAUCAUUAGUCCCGUCGAGGACGACACGUUCGAUGGCGAAAAGUUGGAAUAUCGAUGGGGUCUGGGCUUGGGCUUUACGAGGGAUGAUCUCCGAGACAUGCAAGCGGAGAUUGCGGCUGCAGCUUUUGCGUAUUGAUUGAUUAGCAUAAUUUAUAAAAGAGUACCGUUCUCUACCUUAUUAGAACACGAACGACUUUGACU